UGCCAAACAUUACAGUGUGUAGAGCAUCCCUCCUCAGACCCUCCAGCAGAACGCAAGGAGGCAACACCAACAGCCUUUGUCAGUACAGGUGUAGCUGUCCCAUUACUGUCAGUGUUAUAAUAACACACAUCAGAGACCUAACAGGCUCCAGUGUAGAUUCAUCUUCCAGUUCGGGUGAAAAACAUGGGACAGCCGUGUUACGCGUCUCUGCUGCUUCUCAUCUGCUUCAUUGUUCAGACAAAUGCAUUGACAACAUGUGGAACCAAGCAGUUCCAGUGUGGGAAUGGGAAAUGCAUCACGGUCAGAUGGGUGUGUGACGGCACAGAUGACUGUGGAGACGGCACUGAUGAACUUCCUGGUACCUGCUUGGCUAAAACGUGUAGACCGACAGAGUUCAGCUGCCACGACCGUCUUAACCAGUGCAUACCCAGCACCUGGCGCUGUGAUGGAAAAGCAGACUGUGAGAAUGGAGCUGAUGAAGAGUCCUGUGUGGCCAGGCAGUGCACAGACAAUGAAUUCCGCUGCAGGAACGGCCAGUGCGUGUCCACCUCCUUUGUGUGUGACGAUGAGGCGGACUGUGACGAUGGCAGUGACGAGGCCUCCUGCCCGCCCGCCACCUGCACCUCUACAGCCUUCCAGUGCAACAACAGUGUUUGCGUACCGCGCCUGUGGGCCUGCGACGGUGACGUGGACUGCACCGACGGCUCGGAUGAGUGGCCCCAGAACUGCGGCACAAAGAGACCCGCCGCUGCUCCCAUUCAUCAGUGCUCCUCCCUGGAGUUCCGCUGUGGCAGUGGAGAGUGCAUCCAUGGUAGCUGGAAGUGCGAUGGAGGAGCUGACUGUCUUGACCGAUCAGAUGAGGCUGACUGUGCUCGCCCCACCUGCCGUCCUGAUGAGUUUGAAUGCGGCGAUGGCACUUGCAUCCAUGGCAGCCGUCAGUGCAACCAUCAAUAUGACUGCAGGGACAUGAGUGAUGAAAUGGGCUGUGUCAAUGCGACCCACUGUGAUGGCCCGACCAGGUUUAAGUGCCGCAGCGGGGAGUGCAUUAGCAUGGUGAAGGUGUGUGACAAGCAUCGUGAUUGCAGGGAUUGGUCAGAUGAGCCUCUGAGGGAAUGUGGCUCCAAUGAGUGCCUGUACAACAACGGAGGCUGCUCUCAUAUCUGCAAAGACCUUAAAAUUGGCUAUGAGUGCCUGUGUCCUGCUGGAUAUAGCCUGGUUGACCAAAAACGCUGUGAAGAUAUCGAUGAGUGUGCCAACCCGGACACCUGCAGUCAGAUCUGCAUCAACCAGAUGGGCAGUUACAAAUGCGAAUGUGAGGAAGGUUACCAAGUUGACCCGGCAACCAAAGCCUGCAAGGCCAUUGGUACAAUAGCCUACCUCUUCUUUACCAACCGUCAUGAGGUCAGAAAGAUGACUUUGGACAAAAGUGAGUACACCAGAGUAAUCCCUCGUCUAAAGAAUGUUGUGGCUCUGGACAUGAACAUGGCCACCAAAGAGAUCUACUGGUCAGACAUCUCCCAGAAGAAAAUCUACAAAGCUCAGAUGGACUCGGCUGAAGACUCCAGUCAUCACAGCAUAGUGAUCGGCAGCGACAUCGAUGCUCCUGAAGGCAUCGCCUUUGACUGGAUCCACGGUAACCUGUACUGGACUGACAGCAUCCGCAGCACCAUCUCAGUGGUAACUGCUGAUGGCAGCCGUCGUAAAACUCUCAUCCACCAAGACUUAUCGAAACCUCGUGCUAUUGUGGUUGACCCUCAUAGCAACUUCAUUUACUGGACAGACUGGGGAAAUCCUGCCAAGAUUGAGAAGGCAGGGCUGAAUGGAGGAGACCGCACCGCUCUGGUCACUGACAACAUUGUGUGGCCCAAUGGCGUUACACUCGACCUGUUGAACCAGCGGCUCUACUGGGUGGACUCUAAGCUGCACACCCUCUCCAGUAUCGACGUGCAGGGCGGUGGUCGACGCACCCUCAUCAUUGACGAACACAGGCUGGCUCACCCACUGGGACUCACUGUGUUUGAGGAGCGAGUGUUCUGGACAGAUGUUAGUAACAAUGCCAUCCUCAGUGCAAACAGGCUGACUGGUGACAACAUUGCACCAGUGGCAGAGCACUUAUCAUCACCGGAAGACAUUAUUCUCUACCAUAACCUCAAACAACCUGCUGGGAGAGACUGGUGCCAGGUUUCCAAUGGUGGCUGUGAAUUCUUGUGCCUGGCAGCUCCUCAAGUGGGCAGACACCCUCCCAAAUAUACCUGCGUCUGUCCAGAUAACAUGAUGCUUGCCAGAGAUAUGAGGACAUGUGUACCUGCUGUGCCAACACCUGCAGCUCCUGUGCAGCCUGAAGUUCCACCCACCGACCCCCCUCAUCUGCCACCAGUGCCACCUAGGACCACACCCAGGACCACACCCAGGACUACACCAAAGACCACACCCAAACCCCAAGUCCAUACCACCACCACUGUGCCUAUUGUAAUCACCAGCUCUGCAGCCAAGCCAGUACCACGCACCACCAAGCCUCCGCUCAGGACCACCACAUCUCAACCAAGGACCCCCUCGCCCCAGCCGGUGAAGCCUAAAAUUUCCCAGACCACCACUGAGGUUCCAGUCACCUCUCCAGAUAUUCAACAUGAAUUUGCUGCAGCCAUACCUAAGACUGCCUCUCCCACCCCUAUAGCUCUGUACAUCGUCUUACCUCUGGCGAUUAUUUGUCUUGUGGCUGUUGGUGGCGUGCUGCUAUGGAGGAACUACAGACUAAAAAACACCAACACGAUUCACUUUGACAACCCAGUCUACCAGAAAACCACUGAGGACCAAGUGCACAUUUGGAGGAGCAAUAGUCCUGAUGGUUACUCCUACCCAAAAAGACAAGUUGUGAGCUUGGAUGAAGAGGCAGACAAUCCAGCCUUCAUAGAAAACUGAAAAGUGUCACAUACAAUAGAAAGAAGAGCCUCGAUGAUAAGCUACCUUGAACGUCCUUUCUUACCUCACUCAGCACAAAGAUAUGGAAGUCGAAGCCAGUAUCAGAAAAGCUUGAACCACUAUAUCCUCAGAGCCGAACAAGUGGUAUACAGUGGAAAAACCAGGGUGUUUUUUCAGGUUGUCUUUUUUUUCCAUCCAUCAAAUCACACCAAAUCAUCCGACAGUGGAUUCCUCAAUAUUACAUUUUUUGUUAUCUUAACUGUUAUCCUAGUGGAGAACUGGUGUCAUUGUUAAAGCUGCAUCAUGUCUGCUGCAUGCAUCAGUUUAUCUGAACUUAUUUGAUGCAAUUUAUAAUUGGGAAUUCCCUCUAACUCAUGUUACAUAGAGUUCACAAAUGAGUGUUGUAAAUAUCACUGUUUAUUAUUUUUGUUUUCCAGUGGUAAGUGUCAAGCUGUUCAUCAGACAUUAUCAUAUCUUUAACAAUUUAUAGUUUACAUUUGGUUUUAGUAGACAUUUUGGGAAAUAUGCAGAGUUGCUGUCGUGGCUUAGAAUGAUUCCACAGCAGCAGUUAGCUUAGCUUAGCACAAAGACUGGAAACAGGGAGACUGCUAGCAGGGCUCUGUCCACAGUUUAAAAAGCCACCAACUCUCAUCCUCUAAGGCUCUGAAGCUCAUUUAAAAGAUAUAUCUUGUUUGUUUAAUCCCUACACAACCAGAAAUGAGCCUUGUGGAGACAUAGGACCACAGUAUAACAUCUGUUAUUUAAAUGUUUGUUUUUGUAUAGAUUAAACAAAUGAUAUAUUAGUGAGCUUUUGACAUACUGGAAGGCAAAUGUUUUAAUCAUUGGACAGAGCUACGUUAGCUGUGUCCCUGUUUCGAGUCUUUAUGCUAAGCUAAGCAAACAGCUUUACAGUUUUAAGUAUCUUGUUAAUGCCCAGACAUGAGAGUGGAACUAAUCUUCUCAGCAAGAAAGUGUUUUUUCCUAUAAUGUCAAACUAUUCCUCUUUUUGUUCACUGGAAACAAGAAAGUCUGGGCUGGUUUUAUGACAAGACAAACACUAAUACUAGGGCUGAUUUAAAGUUGAGUAUUCAGUAAGUGAAUACUGUAGUGGUAUACUUAUUAGUAUUACAGCAGGUGUAAUACUAGAAUUCUGCAUGUUUACACCACCAGUUGCCUCAGUAGUAGAGCUAAAAUAUCCGAAAGGGACCUAAAGUCACUGCUGUAGGUAACCUUGAAAAAAAAAGAAAGGAAGAGAAACACACUGCACACUGUGCCUUGAAUCCUGCAUCCUCUGAUAGCCUUCAGAUUUCAUUUAUCACCAUAUGUCUUUCGAAUUGGCCAGUUACUCAUCAGUGUCCGUCAGCAGCUGACUGUACUUUCAUGGUUUCUCUGAACACUUUUUCUGCUCCAUUCUCCUGAUUUGCGAUCGGCUGUCUGUGCAAAGGAGAACCAUCUUUAAAUUUUCCCUCCCUAUGCCCCUCUCAGGAGGACCAGCGCAUUCCUCAAAGUCAGAAAGGCUUUGAUGCAGCCACGUGUGACCAGUGGGGCCUUGUCUAAUGCUCUGUACACGUGUAUAUAUUUACGUCCUCCCUCAGGACCAGAACUUUAACUUGCCAUAUACCAGCAUUCCCGACAAAACAAAGCCAUGUGCCCCCCUUACGGUUUUAAAAACACAGUUCUCUGUGGCUGUUUGAGCUUAUUCAUUUGUAUUACUGAUAAAUGUGUGCCUUUUUAUUGACAUGUUGGUGCUAUUGAACUCAGUGGAUUUGUACAAAGUCAAUGUGUCUGCCUGUUUACAUUGAGUUGUUUGAGGGCUGUGGCAGCGUUACAUGCAGGUGAGGUUACACCUAACAAAGAUGUUAUUGUGAUAUGGAUCGAUGACCGUCAUGACACUACUCAGAAGUGCUAGUGAAGCUGUACAUAAAUUCAAAUUUACCAACUAACAUGCAGAUUAAGCGUGUACAUAUAAUGUUCAUAAAUGUAAAUAUUUGUUCUUUACUUUUUUGGUAAUAAUAUCACAGUUUUAGCCUUUGUUUGUUGUAAACUUUUAAACAUUUGCUGUAUAUAAAUAAAUGCUUUUAUUUAUUAUAGAA